AUGGUCAAGCGGUUUUGGAGAAAGAUCAACGAGGUGGCGGAGGGAGUAGGUGUGGGAGGGGGUGCCGACCACGAGGGAGGAGGCGAGGAGACGGCAGGCGCCGUGGUAGAGUACAGCGUCGAGGAGGAGGAGGAGGAGGAGGAGGAGGAGGAGGAGGAGGAGGAGGAGGAGGAGGUCAAGGAGGAUACAUCAAGGCAGGCUCAGCGCGGGGCGCGCGGCCCGGGUGGCGGUGCGAACGAGGACGAGGACUCGAGCUCGGGACCGAUCUCCGGCUCGAGCUCGAGCGAUGAGUCGGUCGAGGACGACGGCCACGGCGCCGGACAUAGCACAGAGCGUACGGGGGAGCAUGGAGUGGCGUUGGGGGAGCAUGUGGACGAGCGGCAGGUUGGCGAGGCGGCUGCACAGGAGGGUGGGGCAGGAGGGCAGCAGCAGGAGGGCGUGGCGGCUGCGCAGGAGGGUGGGGCAGGAGUGCAGCAGCAGGAGUUUAGGGUGGCAGCUGCGCAGGUGGGUGGGGCGGGAGGGCAGGAGCAGGAGGGCGGGGAGGCGGCUGAGUAUUGUCGAGGAGAUGAUCGACAGGCCGUGAUAACAAGGAGACACGGCACGGCCAGUGGCAACGGACAGGCGGGCCCUUCGACCGGAGGGCCUUCGACGGCAGGCCAAUCGACGGCGAACGUUGCACCUGGAGGUCAGGUCGUCGAGCUACUGCAGAGGGUCAAGAAGGUCGCAGUGUCGCAGAAGCAGCUCGUCGCCGACGUGUUUGCGAAACACACUGAGCAAGCCGGAGUAUUCAACACGCUUGCGGCGGAUUUUCGGACGGCCUGGAAUACGAUUUCGGAGUCGUCGAAGAGCACACUGUCGCAGUGCGCCGAGGCUGUGAAGGGUGUCAUGGCGGAGAGGAAAAUGUUGAAAGGGGCGAGGGCGAAGAUCGACGAGAUGACCGGGAAGAUCAUCGAGGAGGUUUCAGCCGCCAUCACAAAAGCGAGCGAGGACGCCGUCGAGAAGCAGCUCAAGCAGGUCGAGGAGCGGUUGGUUGCUGCGGUGCUGAAGGGUUUCGAGAAAGCCAUCAAGGAGGACAUGUUUUACACUAACCUCCCACCUGAGACCAUGAAGGAGCUGAAGGACAUAGUGAGGCAAGGCUACCAGGAAGGCGAAGCUGGGCGACUGGAAGUCCUCACCGAAGCGAUGGCGAGAGGUUUUCAGCGAUCGACGGGCCCGUCGACGAGGUCGCGUCAGGAGGGUGUGGCAGGGGUUCGCUGCGGCGUUGAGCCUUGUGGUCACGAGUGCUCGGUUCCUCCGUCUUCUUCGGUGGGAGGACAUGUCACCAAGCCUGUCGAGGAUAACGAGGUCAUCGUUCUCGACCAGUCGCCCCUCCCGAAGACCUCUGCAGCGGCUCCUAUCGCUCCGCCUGAUGCGUUCGCUUCGAUGCGGGACAUGCUGCAGGACCUGGGGAAAACGGAUGGGAAAGGAGUGGUUGCGGGGGAGAAAAGUGGUGCCCCGAACGUGCACGUCGCCUCAACCGGGAAUAGAGCCCUUGGAAAUCGAGGUGCCUCUACCCCGUCCGGCGUCAGUGCGGGGAAAGGAGCGGGAGAGGCAACCGCUGGGUUGAUGUCGAAGACUAAAGGGGCAUCAGCUGUGCAGAGCGGUGCUGCUAGCCGAGCUGUCGAGCAUGUGGGAAAUUGGGCGUCGUCCUCAACCCCUCCAGUUGCUCCUGUCGCCACUGCUCCGGCCCUAGGCAACGUUUGCCUUAGCGAUCCGGGCUCCCCUUCAACGUCGAAGAAGAAGCCUGCUGCGACGAAGUCGUCGAAGCGCUCUGCACAUGCGACAGAGAGCCUUGGGGUCGUGGAGAUGGCCAGCGUCCCUGGUCAGGCGCAUGUCGAGAAGACCACUAUUGUCGUUGCUGCUCGACAGGAAAAGUCGAAGAAGGCCAAGGUGAUGGGUUACACCCCACCUCCUCCCCCGGACGACCAAGGCAAGACGAGUGGCUGCAAAGCUCCCUUCAAAGGACAGGGUUUCGGGUUGCGGAAGGGGAAGCCGGUUUCCGAGCAGACCGUCGGCGGGAAGAAGCGGUUCUUGGGACACUUUGAAACGGAGAAGGACCAAAAGUUCUGUACGGCCAUCUGCUGGCGCGUGUACUUCCCCGACAUUGUCCUUACCGAGUACGAGGCGUUUACGGCGCUGGAUGAGCAGGAGUGGAAGGUCUAUCUUGAUGCAGCUGCUAAAAUGCCAACUGGCGUUUGGAGCGUGGCGCAAGAACAAGGGCAAUGUUGUUUUGACGUUUUCCAGUUGCUGUUGGCGACGGCAAAUAAGGAAGUUCGAGCUGGAACCGACCGGGGAAUCGCGCUGUGCGCGGCGAUUGGUAAGGUUGCGACGCUUGGCAUGAAGCACGAGAACCUGAUUUAUCCGGUUCCUAAGGGCAUGGCGGCGACACCACACAUGAUGGCCAUCGCUGCAACUCUGGCGAGCUUGUGGGCGGCGUACAGGAAGUUGUCGAGGGAGGAUAUUAAGAAGGAUGCCCUAGCUGCCGCAAACGCUACUCUCUUCGCCCUGGAGACUGCGACCAAGGCUUGUGUGGCUGCCAUGGCCGCGCUCGUGUCCAUACUUUUGCACGUCGGCAAGACGUUCCCGGCGAAGCAGUGGUCCGAUCAGCUGUAUUCGUCGGCUGUCGAAGGUCUCGGCUCGACGGACCCUGUCCUGUUGCAGAUGGUGCGCGUGGCCGCACAGGUCUGCACGCAAUGGUGCUGCUGUCGAGCGGCUGCUCGCUUGCUGGAGGACGCGGGCUAUGGCAGCCUGGCAAUGCCAGAAGAAAAGAGCAAGGCGAAGCUGGGCGACGAGGAUGCUACGGAGAAGGAAACGGGCGGGCAAGGGGAGUAG